AUGGCCACUCGUCAAGAAUCCGACUCCAUGGGCACCAUCGAGGUUCCCGCCGAUGCCCUGUAUGGCGCCCAGACGGCGCGCUCGCUGAUCAACUUUAACAUUGGUCACGACGUCAUGCCUCGCCCUCUCAUUCGCGCCCUUGGUAUCCUGAAGAAGGCUGCCGCCAAAGCCAACGUGGCGCUCGGUCAGAUUCCCAAGGAUAAAGGCGACCUCAUUGGCCAAGCCGCUGACGAGGUGAUCAAUGGUCAGCUGGAUGCGCAUUUUCCUCUCCGCAUCUGGCAGACGGGCUCAGGCACUCAGACCAACAUGAACACCAACGAGGUCAUUGCCAACCGCGCCACCCAGAUUGCUGGUGGUGACCUGGGGACCAAGAGUCUCAUUCAUCCCAACGAUCACGUCAACCGGGCUCAGUCUUCGAACGACACCUUUCCCACCGCCAUGCACAUUGCGGCUGCCGAGGGUCUGAAGGCCAAGCAGUCUGAGUUUGAGGCCACCAUCAAGUGCGGCCGCACGCAUCUGAUGGAUGCCACUCCCCUUUCCUGCGGCCAAGAAUUUAGUGGCUUUGUGGCCCAGCUUGAGGCUGGCCGUGCUCGAUUGGCGCAGGGUCUGCCCGAAGUUUUCGAGCUUGCCAUUGGCGGCACGGCCGUUGGGACGGGACUCAACACGCAUCCCGAAUUUGGACAGCGCACAGCUGCUGAAAUUGCCGAGCUCACGGGCCUCCCCUUUGUGAGCGCUGAAAACAAGUUUGCCGCACUGGCUUGCCACGAUCCUCUGGUGGCUGUUUCCGGCAAUCUGAAAGCCUUGGCCGUCGGCCUCAUGAAGAUUGCCAAUGACAUUCGUCUCCUGGGAUCAGGACCUCGCUGCGGUCUGGGUGAGCUCAACUUGCCGGCCAACGAGCCUGGAAGUAGCAUCAUGCCGGGCAAGGUGAACCCCACGCAGUGCGAGGCCUUGACCAUGAUCUGCUGCCAAGUGAUUGGCAACGAUGCUGCUAUCACCGCUGGCGGCAUGCAGGGCCACCUGCAGCUCAACGUCUUCAAACCCAUGAUCAUUCACAACAUUUUACAUUCGGUCCUCUUGCUGGCCGACGGCUGCCGCUCGUUUCAGGACCAUUGCGUGGCCGGCCUCGAGCUCAAUCGCCCAGCCAUCGAGGAGCAUUUGCGCAACAGCCUCAUGCUCGUCACAUCACUCAACCCUCACAUUGGUUAUGACAAGGGCGCUGCCGUUGCCAAGAAGGCCCAUGCCGAGGGCUCAACGUUGCGCGAGGCUGCACUGGCUCUCGGAUAUGUCUCUGCGGAAGACUUUGAUCGCAUUGUGGACCCAAGCAAGAUGAUUGGCCCCUCAGCCUAA